AUGACAGACAAAUGCGUCCCCUUCUUCGAUGCUUUAAAAGGAAGCAGGCAACUUGAGUGGACACCGCAAUGUGAAGAGGCUUUCCAGAAAUUGAAGGAACAUUUGGGCAAGCCCCCAAUUUUGGCAAAACCAAACCCCAACGAGGAGCUUAGCCUAUACCUCUCUGUUUCCCAACACGCCGUAAGCUCCAUAUUGAUAAGAGAAGAAGAAAUGGUGCAAUUGCCAAUCUACUAUGUAAGUAAGAAGCUCCUCGACCCCGAAUCAAGAUACAACGAAAUGGAGCGCUUAACCCUCGCCCUGAUGGUAGCUUCAAGAAAACUUCGGCACUAUUUCCAAUCUCAUACCAAACGGGUUCUUACAAACCACCCGUUGACACAGGCUCUACAAAAGCCCGAAACUUCCGGUCAACUCCUCAAGUGGUUGGUAGAACUAAGCCAGUUUGACAUAAAAUAUGUGCCAAGAACUGCGAUCAAGGGCCAAGCGUUGGCCAAUUUUUUAGCCGAGUUCUCCCAUAGGCUAGCUCUCACCACGCCUGAAGGAGUCGAGACUACUGAAUGGAAGCUCUACGUGGAUGGAGCGUCGAGCGAAAGCGGGUCAGGAGUCGACGUCUUAUUAAUCAGCCCAGAAGGCCACAAGAUUACCUCGGCGGUUCGAUUUAAAUUCAAGGCAUCGAACAAUAAGGCGGAAUACGAAGCGCUAAUCGCGGGACUACGAUUGGCCAGCCACCUAAAGAUUGAAAGGCUCAGCGUCCUCAGCGAUUCUCAAUUGGUCGUCGGGCAAGUAAAAGAAGAAUACCAAGCGCGCGGUGAGAAAAUGAUAGCGUACUUGAGGAAGGUAAAGGAAGAACUUGUUAAGUUUAAAAACUACAAGAUACUUCAAAUACCACGAAUCAAAAACGCAAACGCCGACGCUCUGGCAAAGCUAGCAUCUUCAAGAGAUUCUGACACACUAGGGGUCGUUCCCAUCGAAGAAUUGGAGCGGCCGACUAUUGAAGAAAAAGCUAAGGCAUUAAUCGUCCAAACAUGUGAAAAUUGGAUGACGCCACUCAUCCAAUACCUGAUGGACGCACAACUGCCAAACAAUAAAGACGAAGCCAGACGGAUCAGGUAUAGAGCUGUUAAGUACUUGUUGUACAACGGCUUGCUCUAUCGACGAGGCUACUCAACACCUUUACAGCGGUGCCUGGAUAAUGCCGAAGCCCAGAAGGUCCUCUAA